AUGUCUUCCUCAGCUGCCAUCAUUGGCUCUACCGGCCUCGUCGGCUCAAACAUUCUCUCAAUCCUUCUUGAAUCCGACAUCUACAACCCUGUCCACACCAUCACUCGACGCGCUCCCAAAGCGACAUCUCCAUUGCUCAAUGCGAUAGUCGAUAGCGACACCACCAAGUGGGCAGACGCCCUCACUGGCCUCACGCCCAAACCCUCCAUCGUCUACUCUGCUCUUGGUACCACCCGCGCUGCCGCAGGAGGAAUUCAAAACCAAUGGAAGAUUGACCACGACCUGAACAUCGAACUCGCAAAGGCCUCAAAGGCCGCAGGCGUGUCGACGUUUGUCUUUAUCUCAAGUGGAGGCACGCGCUCGUUUUUGGGGGCUUCUUCACCCUACGGAAAGAUGAAGAAUGGAGUUGAAGACGCAAUCAAGGAGAUGGACUUUGAGCAGGCCGUGAUCCUCAAGCCAGGCAUGAUCAUGGGCCAGAGAGAGACAAGCCGUCUUGCGGAGGGCAUAGCUCAGAGUGCAAUUAAUGGUCUCGGAUGUCUCAGUUCCGGAUUCAGAGACACCAUUGGUCAAGACGCUGAUAUCAUCGCCAAGGCGGCCAUCCGAGCUGCGCAGUUGGCGAAGGAGGGCAAGGCACCGAGCAAGUACUGGAUUCUCAAUGCAAGCGAUAUCAUCAAGCUAGGCAGGACCGAGUGGCCAAGCAAUCAGACUACAGCUACAGAGACCAAGGCGGAGACCGCUCCAUAG